AUGAACCUGAUCACUGCAGAGAAAGGAGAGUCCGUCGUUACAAAUGUUUCACUGCUGAAGAAGAACGUUCUGCGCAUCGUGGUUACUGACGGAACCACAGAAAUCACCCUAGCACUCCUGUACAGGAUUCUCUCUGACAAUACAUUCGGACAUUUAAUCACGUUGUUUCGUGGACCAGGCGUCACUUAUGGUCACGACGAAUCGGUGGCGUUUAAAGACGCAGACGUUGUGUUCUGCAUAGGUUCAGCGAGGGAGUAUGUGUUCCGUGAGGAGGAAUACAAUGGUCCAUUUUUCAAGGAAUACGUUCGCGUCGCCAAGUUCUAUGGCGAGUGCAUAGAGAAAUACGCGAAAAAGGACGCGAGAAUUAUAGUACUCGGAAAUACAGCUGCUACGAUCAUAUCUCGAUACGCCAAGUCCAUCCCCCCUAAGAAUAUAACUGCGCUGGCGAUGUUCAAUUUGAAGAUGGCUGCUACACACAUUGCUGAGCGCGCGAACUGUCUUCCGAUAGAUGUUAAAAACAUUGUAAUAUGGGGCAACAACAACUGUUACAGCUUUCCAGAUUGCAGAUACGUGUACUUCGCGAAUGGGAAACCUGUAAGCGACGAAUUGAUAGUCUGGAUGAGAACCAGUCUUCAAAGCAUUAUGCGUAAGGUCGCCAACAGACCCAGGUACAUCAGAUCGAUGGCGUGUGGAUUAGCUGACCAUUGUAAAUUCCUGUGGAACGGUACACCUGAAAAUGAGUGGACGUGCAUGGGGGUAUUGUCUGACCACUCUUACGAUAUUCGAGCGGGAAUAUUUUUCUCGUAUCCUGUGUUUUGUAAGAACGGAGAAUACGAGAUAGUAAAAGGUCUUGUUGCGGACGAAUACGUUAGGAGGUACAUCCUGGACUUAAGUCGACUGAUCUUCAGGGAUGUCGCAGCCGCCAUUUCGGUUUGCAACAGGCAGUGGAACAAUUGAUCUGUUUUAUACUAAAAUAUACAUACGCGUCUGCGUACUAUCUAUGGAUUCUAUUGCGUUUAUACAAGGUACAUUUAUUUACAAGUUUCCUUUGACGACACAAAGUUUGCAACUUCACGGCGUGUUAUAAAUACAUGGCGCCAUUAUUUGUGCAUCGUUAACACGGUAUUCUUAUUACACGAAUAAGCACUUGUUUUCACGAAUGAGUCAUAAAAUACGAUAUUAAGUUAAAUUCGUAGACUGGUUAUAAACCAAAAGACUGAUUGAAAUUAUAAAGUAAUUCAAUUUGUUUGCGUGAACAUUGUAAAACGAAAUCGAAAUUUAAAUACUAUCAAGAAAGUAUUAUCAUAUGUUUUCUCUGUAUGGUGUUUCUAAAUAGAACAUUGGUAGACAAUGGGUUAACAAACUUAU